AUGACUGAACUAGGUCAUCGUUCCAUUGAAAUUCCAUUGCAUUCCGGUGAUGAAGUCAUCGAAGUCAGUCUCGAUCAAUUACCCGAUGGCCAGGAAGUACUUGCGAUUCUGCAGCAAGAAAACUGCCCGUUACAUAUCUGGGUGACACUUGCUUUAGAGUAUUAUCGUCAAGAUAAAGAAAAGGAUUUUGUGGAAAUUCUCAAAUCCGCCUGUAGUGAAAUUAACAAUCAACGACAACAACAAACAACUGGUCAUCGCGCUCAAGAAACCGAUCAAAUGCGUUGUUUAGAUACUCUGGCUGCUUAUUACGUCAAACGUGGUCAUCGCGAGAAAGCCAAAGACAAAAAACGUGAAUUUUUCACCCAAGCAACAUUGCUUUAUACUCACGCUGAUAAAAUUCUCAUGUACGAUCUCAAUCAUUUACUUGGCCGAGCUUAUAUUUGUUUACUCGAGGGUGAUAAAAUGGAUCAAGCUGAACAACAAUUCAAUUUCGUACUUAAUCAAAUGCAAAAUAAUAUUCCUGCAUUGCUAGGACGAGCUUGUAUUGCAUUCAACAAGAAAGAUUAUCGACAAGCUUUGAAUUUAUAUAAACGUGCAUUGAAAUAUUCACCGGAAAAUUCCGCCGGCAUUCGUGUUGGUCUCGCAAAUGCAUUUGCCAAACUGAACAAAUUAGACAAAGCUGAGUUAGCAUUCAAUCGUGCCAUUGAAGUCGAUCCCAAAUGCGUCGGAGCAUUAGUCGGCUUAGCUAUACUCGAAUUGAAUAUGCGAGCACCUGAAUCCAUCAAACAAGGUGUCAUCAAAUUGUCGCGCGCUUAUCAAUACGAUCCACAGAAUCCAAUGGUUUUGAAUCAUUUGGCUAAUCAUUUCUUCUUCAAAAAAGAAUAUACUCGUGUGCGUCAAUUAGCAAUGCAUGCACUGAACUAUACAGAAAACGAAGCGAUGCGAGCGGAGAGUUGUUAUCAUUUAGCUCGAGCUCAUCAUGCUGAACGCGAUUACGAAGAAGCAUUUCGUUAUUACUAUCAAGCGACUCAUUUAGCACCGGAAAAAUUUGUUCUACCUCUAUUCGGACUUGGACAGAUGUAUUUACAAAGAGAAGAUACGGCUAAUGCAAGUGAUUGUUUUGAAAAAAUCUUGAAAAUUCAUCCCAAUGAUCAUGAAUCGAUGAAAAUCCUAGCUAGUAUCUAUGGCGAAUCAUCCGAUCAAGAUAAACGAGACAAAGCUCGUGAAUUCUUGAAAAAAGUAACACAACACGAUGAACAUGAUAUCGAUUCCUGGAUUCAAUUGGCAGAAAUUCUCGAAGGUGUCGAUCUACAAGGCUCAUUGGAUGCUUAUCUGACAGCGUCGAGAUUAAUUCGUGAAGUCCAUGGUAGAGAUACACCUAUAGAAAUGUUGAACAACAUGGGUUCAUUGCAUUACCGUUUGAAUAAUUAUGAAGAAAGUCGAAAAUGUUUCGAAAAGGGAAUAUCCUACGCCGAACAGGCUUGUGAAGCCGAACCUGCCUAUGCGAAUUCGAUUCUUGUGACUAUGAGAUAUAACUUGGCACGUGUAUGUGAAGCAUCGUUCGAAUUUGAUAAAGCUGAAACAUUAUACAAAGAAAUUUUACGUGAACAUCCGAAGUACGUCGAUUGUGUACUUCGUUUGGGUUGUAUGGCACGUGAUCGUGGACAAAUUUACAGUGCGUCUGAUUGGUUUAAAGAUGCUUUGGAAAUCAAUCAUAAUUCUCCCGAUGCAUGGACCAUGAUCGGAAAUUUACAUGCAGCCAAACAAGAAUGGAGACCGGGACAGAGAAAAUUCGAGCGCAUUUUACAUAAUCCACAAACGGCAAAUGAUUCUUAUGCGUUGAUUUCCUUGGGAAAUAUUUGGUUACAGACGUUGUAUAUGCCAUCUCGAGAUAAAGAGAGAGAAAAACGUCAUCAAGCGCGUGCUCUUCAAGUCUACAAAGUUGUCCUCAAAAACGACAAUCGUAACAUAUGGGCAGCGAACGGCGUUGGUUGUGUUCUAGCUCACAAGGGUUAUUUAAACGAAGCUCGGGAUAUUUUCGCUCAAGUUCGCGAAGCCACUGCCGACAUGCCCGACGUUUGGCUCAAUAUCGCACAUAUCUAUGUCGAACAGAAACAAUAUAUUCCUGCCGUGCAAAUGUACGAAAAUUGUCUGAAAAAAUUCUACAAAUAUAACAACGUCGAAGUAUUGACUUAUCUUGCUCGUGCGCUUGUCAAAGGCAAUCGUUUAAGCGAAGCGCACAAUGCUCUAUUGAAUGCUCGACGUGUUGCACCUCAUGAUUUAACACUAAUGUAUAAUAUUGCUUUAGUACAACAGAAAUUAGCACAGGAAAUCUUAAAGGAUGAAAAUUCGACAUUAGCAUCUGUUCUUCAAGCAAUUGAUCAAUUGCGAAUAGCUCAAAAGUCAUUCACAUGGCUUGGUAAACAUGGUGACCCACACCGACUAGAUUUGAAUCAAGCUACGCAAGAGGCUCAACAAUGUUCGGAUUUAUUAUCUCAAUCGACUUACCACGAGAUUCGUGCACGAAAGAAGGACGAAGAAGAGCAACUCGUACGACGAAAACAAGAUGAAGAGCGACGAAAGUUACGAGAGAAACAGCUUCAAGAAGAGGAAGAACGACGUCGACAAGAGGAUGAGCGUCGUCAAAAGGAACGCGAAAAACGUCAAGAGUUCGUUGAACGUACCAAGAAUCUACUUACUGCUGAACCGCAAGUUACAUCGGAGAAAAGCCAACGCGCAACUGGUGGAACGAAAAAGAGACAAAAACGCGAAGAUGAAGAGGAGUUUAUCAACGAUACCACUGAUCUUAUUAAUAACACCGACAAACUUCAGAAGAAACGAGCACGAAAAUCGAACGAGAACGAUGAUAAACGUGAACGAAAAUCAUCGAAGAAACGGAAAACCAUCGCUCGAAGUGAUAGUGAAAAUGAAAAUGAUGAAAAUGUUAAACGUAAAAAGAAAUCAAGCCAUAAGAAACGAUCUAGUCGUGUUACAACAAAUGAUGAGGAGGUUUCUCAAGACAACGACGAACCGGUAUCCGCUGAUGAGCAAGAAAGUGAUGAUGAAAAAUCUCCACGAAAGUCAACAUCUAAAAAAUCAGCAAAUCGAUCGAAACGUUCAUCAAAGACAUCACAUCGACAAUCUGAACCCGCUGGCCGAUACAAGUCAAAAGCGACGAUAUCGAGUAGCGACGAUGAUUCGGAUAAUGAGCCAUCGCGUCCAGCAGCUCCACCAGCCGAAGAUCAAGAAGAAGAAGAAGAAGAGGAGGAGGAGGAUGAGGAAGAAGGAGAAGAACAAGCAGCUGAAGACGAUAACGAAGGCUCACCAGCUGCUGAGGGUGAAGAAGAACAGGAACAACAAGAAGAGGAGGAGGAAGAAGGAGAAGAAGAAGAAACAGCAGCAGCAGCUGAGGGCCAAGAAGAAGAAGAGCAAGCACCUGAAGAUUUGGAAGUUAGUGAUGAAGAUUAG